UCUGCCUAGAGGAGUCGGCGGAUGUCAGCAGAACCGGGACUGGCAGCAAGACCUCGCUGUCGCUCCGGCUGGAGAGGAGGAGACAUCAAGGCCAACCAAACAUCUGCUUGCUGAACAUCAGCUUUGCUCCUCUUUUGUUUCAGCUGUAGCUGGGUGAGAUCAAUUACGGCAGGUGACAAACUCGAGGAGACAGAAACACAGAGGCUGAAAGAAAAGAGGAUAAUAUCCCUUGGCAGUGACAGCCUUUCCAGCCCUGCUCUCCGCGGACGGGAGGAGCGUUCCCACAGCGAUGGAGUCGUGCAGCACAGCUGUGAGCCGCACGCCUGCCGCCUUCUUGCUUCUGCAUCUGGGUCUGGUCUCCAGUAUGGCUAACCAUAAUCAAUUCCAGACUGGGCUCGCAGGAGGGGAGGUGACCCUGAACUGCACAGGCAUACUUCCCGACUCAAAAUUACCCAGGGACACAGUUGUGCACUGGAAGUACCAUGAUACUCCUUUAUGGCGUUUGGAAAAGAAUAUACCUUGGAAAACACCAGCUUUCAUUACUGAUCGAUUUAGCAUCAAGAAGCAAUAUAAACAGCUGUGGGUGCAGAAUUUGAAGCUCUCCGACGCUGGCAUUUACACCUGUGAAUAUGGCUCUAACAAAGUUCGCACCUCACUGCACAUCUUUAAAUUGAUGAUCUCUUUGAAUGGGCAUUUUCUGCAAAAUGAAGUCCCUGAGCUGAUUUUAACACAAAAUUCACCCAGUCCUCUACCCGAUCUCAGAAUCACAUUGCUUGACAGUAACAAUAACAGAGUAACACCAGAAGUACGAAGCGAGAACCGUGAAAAAUACAUAGUGAAUUUAAAGAAACUGGAAGCUAUGCACAGUGGGACCUGGGUGUGUGAGGUCCAUUCAGAUUCUCCAUUGAUUGAUCAGAGCAUCCCCUUUGCUGUGAAAGUAUUAGGUUUUCGGAAUCCAGAUUUGGAAAGAAAAUAUGCAACUGUUGAUAGCACUGUCAUCUUGUCAUGGCGUCUGAACUCCCAGAAGAUAAAAUGGAAAGAAGGUUUCACAGGACAGCUGAAUUGGAAACAACAGGAAAGUGCAAACCCUCAUGAGCUGCUUGAUUUCAACGUCACAGCACAAGGAGAGCUGCAUGAGACCAAAAAAAGCAACAACUUUCUGUUUGAGAUACCCGAAAGAAAACCUGAAAGUACCAUAGAAGUGAAGCUCCCCAAAGUGCAUUUCAACCAUUCUGGCCAGUACCAGUGCCAGCUGGAGUACCAAGGAAGACAUGCGCAGAGCAAGAUAGAGCUGGUGGUGAUGAAAGUCUCAGCUAAGCCUGUUGGGCCACUCUCCAGAGGGGACAAUAUGACCCUGACCUGCCAGGUCUCUGGACCGCUCCCACCCAAUGCCUACUUGAGCUGGGAGCAUGUGAAUGGGACUAAGAAGGACAUUAAGAACUCAGAGCAGAAUGAAGUAAAGUUGGAGGUGAACAUCAGUGUUGCGGGGCUGUGGAGCUGUCACCUCAUAGAAGACGGUGACAGAAAGAUCAGCUUUCAUUACCACGUGGAGGAAGCUGCUGUUUGGACUAACUAUGUGAUAAUUGGAGCAAGUGUUGGAGGCAGUUUAUUGGUGUUUGCCCUUGGAUGCCUGUGCAUCAUCAGUGGUACAAGCUGGCAGCGGAGAAGGCAACGGGCAAAAAGGAUGGCACAAGCAAGACAAUACUCGCUGGAAAACAAGACGUGUCAGUGUCAACACCGACUGAAGAAGUAAUACUGCAACACUGGCAUCACAAGGACUGAUGAAGUCUCUGCCUGUACCUAAACGCCUGGCAACACAUAGUUCUCUGUGGAUCCAUCUCCCUCUCUCCUGUUUUAAUGUAAUUCUUUAUUCCUUCUUCCUUCCCCCAGUCUAAUGUCAUGGAGGGAGGUUGUCUGGCUAGGAGCCAAUGGACAAGACAAGAAACCCUGAGGGGUUAUGAUUGAUCCCCAGUUCUGUAAUGAGAGAUGCUGAACAGAAGAUAUGUGUAUAUAUAUAUAUCUACACACACACACAUAUAAUAUGCUUGUAUUUUGUUCAUGCACUUAAUUUGACCUUCUUGUGGAACCAAUUUUAUGCGCUUCUUUUAUCUGCCUGAGCGACAAUAAAUUACUUUGGGGUUGGGA